AUGAAUAUGCUCUCAAAGAAAGCACAUAAUAGCGAAGUAUGCAAAGUUAUCUGCAGAGUAAGUGGUUGCAAAAUUUAGAUUUUAGCAAAGAAUUAUUGACAGCAUCUGAUUGACAAACAUCCUCAGGAAAAUUUUUUAGACUUGUCCCCACAUGGUCAAACAAAGAUUAACUUUUCUGAAACCCCAAAACAAACGUUGAAAAGACCAAUAAAUGAAGAAGCACCAUCUGACGUUUUUAGUAAGAAGCAGUCAAAAACAACCAGCAAUAUUUUUCUAGACAAUGACAAUACUGGUAAGGUAGAUAAAGAUCUUGAUCAACAAGCUGCACCUUCUGUCAUCUUUGACAGUGAAAAUAGUUUUCUGCAGUCCUGAAUUUCCUCUGAUGCUUCAAGUACAUCAACUUCUAGUAUUUCAGUGCUAGCCUGAAUAAAAUUGCUCAAGAUGUUUGCGUUAUAAAACAGAAUGUUGAAAAGAUUGUGGAAUCCAAUGAAAGGAAACAAAAUACUUGCAACACAAAACCUGAAACAAAUGACGAUGUUAACAUGAAUGAAAAUAUUGAAAUAUUGAUUGCUAAGGCGACUUUAGCAAGGUCGAUAAAAGAGUCAGCAGGAUUCACUUUCGAUGAGGAGAAAGAAGAAUUAUCUUGCUCUGUUUGUGGCACAGUUGACAGUAACAAUGAUGACAAUUCCUCAAAACUGCGGACUACAGGAAUUUUUAAAUAUGAAAAACUAACUGGUAUGAUAUUUACACCUGAAGAAAACCUUCCUGAUAAGUUCCAAAAUCUUAAAAAACAUGUCAAAAGGCACGUUAAGCAAUCAACAGCACAUAUUGAAAAUCGUCAAUCUCAAAUAGAGAAACAAAAGGAAGCAGAAGCAAAGAAAACUAAAAACUAUGAGACUGGCAUGAACCUUGGUUGCAUUUGCUAUAAACUGUAUGUAAAGGGCCACCCAUUUACUGAUUAUGAAGAAGAUGUUUUAAUUCUAAAGCAAGCAAAAGCUAAUAUCGGUAACAUUAACCACUCAAGUAAAUUCCCUCCCGCAUUCUUACCUUAUGUUACCAAAGAGGUACAGAGCAGAAUUAAGCAAUUUAUAACCAGCAAACUGCAACAGACUGGUCAUAAGCCACCACUUGCACUGUCGCCUGACAAAGCAACUUACAAACAUAGAUCAAGACAAUUUCUUGCAGGUGUUACAAUCAGUCCAGGUGAUAACUUCCUUGAAGUUAUUAGUUUUGGUCAGCCAAUUGUGAAAUAUGGAAGCACUACGUCAGCACUUUCAAAAAACAUGAAGGAAGGGUUUGAUGCGCUGGGAGUAGAGGGAUGUCAGAUCGAGAGCACGGUUUUUGAUGGUGUGUACUUUCACAUUAGGAUACAAAAGUACUUUGAUGCCAUUUACGGGUUACACGAAAGAGAUAUUCUUUACAGUUACGAUACAUUACACAAAAGUGGCUUAGUUGACACUCACCUGUGCAAAAAAGAGGAAUUUAAAUGGGUGGUAUCCAAUACAGAUAUCUGUCAGAAGCUAUUCAGAAUGUUUAACUGGGGAUCUAAUUAUGAAAAGCUGGUUGUUGCUACAGCUUUGUGGAAACUACACCUGACAAGCCUGGUUGGUUUCUCUGAAACAAGGUUUGCUAACAGCCGAAGACAGGUUUACAUAAACAUACACCACGAGUUUCCAGCAAUAAUGACUUGCUUAGAAGAUCAGAUUAUGGAUGCAAUUAAAAAUCCAGAUGCUCAAGGAUCGAUCAAGCAAGAGAAUUGAAAGGAAAAAUUUUAAAUGUUCAUUUCCUUCUGAAUCUAUCGGGACUAGCAGAUGCCUAUGAGCAGUUUGGUGCUGUCGUGAAUGUGGCGCAAAUGGUGCAACUCCUACCACAUGAGAGAUAUGAGAUGUUCAUGGAAGCUGUGAGCUUGAUAAAAUUGCCAAAUGUUUGUCAGACUACGCCAAAUGUGAUUCUUUAGUUAUCCCUGGCUAGAAAAUAAGAUGCCUUUGGCCAUUGAAUCACGAAGAUAAGAAGACGCUUAAAGAUAAAAAUGAAAUUCGAGGUAUCCCUAUAAUUUCAAAUUAUCGAAUCCAAGCAGCUGGUCUCCAGACUCAGACAAGACGAGAAAAUCAACAAAACAAAAUCAAUCAAGGAAUUGAUGCUGAGAAAAAUCAGACAAACAACUACAGAUGCUUAUAACCGAACUUCACAAUGGUCUCAAAACUGAAGUUUAUGAUGAACAAUCAGUAAGAAUCAUUACACUAACAAAAACAAUUCUUGAUUUGUCAAAGUUGUCUGUGAAACUGCACCAAGUGGAUGGAGGUUACAUAAAGAUUGCAUUAACGAAAUUCCCAAACUUUAUGAAUGCCAUCAAAGAGAUUCCAAUAAGGUCAUUGUUAGAUUGCCUGAGAGUGCUCUAAAGAAACAGUACACCAAAUUCCUGAGAAGAUUGGAAAAGUUAACUGUCAAGUAUAAACCAGCGGAACUGGAAAGUCUUGAUCCAAAAGAACUGAUAAAGAAUUUCUUUGAUCCAGCAGACAAACUUUUUGAAGAGAUUGAAAUGGUAAUGCAAGCUAUUACUGUAUCUGCCGUUAAGCAAUCAUGCGAGUCUGUCUUGGAGUCAAUGGUGUCAAAAUACGGACACCACUUCAGCAGUCAAAGAAAUAUGGCAGAAGAUACAACGAACAAUGCAUUCUUUGUCGCUGUGAAUGGCCCUAGUUUGGGCCACUGUAAUAAUGUAGUGAAAGCUGCCAUGGACAGAUAUUGGAAAUCGAAACAAAGACAGGACUGGCAUUUUUAUAAGACAACUGUCUUAGAACAAUUAAAAGAUUUGAUGGAAGUUCAAAGGUCUUACACAAACUCUUUUCGGAAAAGAGCAAAUUGAUGUGUAUGGAGUAGCAGUUAAGCCGGUUACAGACAAGCAAGUUUUCUAUGACAAGUUUUUAUGUGACAAGUUUUAUUUGCUUGUCUGUACGCGCAACUUUGACAAUUUUUUCUAUUAUAAUUUUUGGCUGGCAUGGCGGCGAUAAACACCUUCUUCUGACACGUCCACCAGUAAAUAAAACUUGUCAUAUGAAAACUUGUCAUACAAACUUUGUUGCAUAUAUAUGCACAUGCGCUUGGCAAAUAAAACUUGUCACAUAAAAACUUGUCAUAGAAAACUUGCUUGUCUGUAACCGGCUUUAGUCACAUAGUGACAUAGGUGUCAUAUACACUCUGAAAGCUUGACUGAAACUCAAGACAAGCAACGUUGGCAACAAUUAUGUAAUAUGUUAAUGUAACCAUAACGUACAUGUAAAACAUUAUUACAUGUUCAUAUUGGUUAAAAGAGCUGUUUAUCUCACUCUAGUUUGGUAAUCCUAAUUUUUUAUAUUUGCUAAAUUGUAUAUUUGUAUUGCUAAAACAACAUGAAAUGACAGAAAUGUUUUUGGUUUUGGGUCUACGGUCCCAGAAAGAAAAAUAUUUUUUCCACCCCUGAGCUACAGACUGCCGCAUCUUGAGAUACACUCUCUCAAAAGUUUGGCAUCCUGUAGUUUGUAGCCAGAAGCAACGUCUACACUGGACACAGGUCCUAGACCGACUUGUCCCGCUUGUUGACGAGUAAAAACAUGUUUGUUGUUCUCAAAUUUUUCAAAUGAACUGUUUAGCAACUUUUUUGUUGAAAUACUUUCCCUUUCCAAAGGCAAAACAGAGGUAGAAAUGCCGGUAACGGCCGCAGAACUUUCAGGAUUCAAGUGCGUAGUGCUAUCAUUGUCGUUCACAGGUGUCAAAGUUUCUUGUGGUCUUUUCCCAAAGAGGGGGUAGUUCUCUCCUUUAAAACGAGGGGGUUUUGGUGACUUUGCGCAAAUUUUGGGCUCAAAAUGACCUUAAGCCUGCCACAGAUGAGAACUUUUAGCUUAAGUAAUGACCAUGUGUGGCCAUUAGCUAAACUUUUAAAGUCUUUUUAUGUUUGUCGCAAACAUUGAGUAAAGUGCUAAGCUGAUAUCUUUCUUCGCACUAAAUUUCAACAUGGCAGCAAAAUUAAACCUUCAUCAAGUUGUACUGCUUUUCAUUUUAUUAAUGUGACGUCGUUGUCGCUGCAGGAGUGCUGCAUACAGAACGACGUGGAGCAAAACAUGGAUUCAGAAACGUCAGGGACACAGUGUUUAUGUGACCCUGCUUUGGGAACUACAAGGUUACGACCCAGAGGCGUUUAGGCAAUACCCUCGCUUGGAUGUAAAUUCAUUUAAUGAUGUGUUGAGGAUGGUUGGGCCAUUUAUUCACAAGGAGACAGUAAUGAAGCAAGUAUUUGUCCCGAAGAGAGACUCAGAGUUACCUUACGUUUUCUAG